UCGAAAGGUAAGACUAAAGACCAUAUCUUCCAUUAUAAACUUUUUCUUUUCAUGAAACCCUUUUAUCUUACCCAUUAUCAUUUCUUAUAUGAACGUUGGACAGACACUCUAAAAGAUAAGGUAGAUUCAGAAACACUAAAAAUUUCAAAGUUUAUUUGGGGAAGAUGGGGAAUAGGGGGAUAUCAUGGGAGUCAGAUUAUGCGAGGCAGGUCAUUUUAGUUUAUAAGACUAUUUGUAUUUAAAGCCAGCUUUUAUUUUCAGAAAAGUUUUUUUUUUUCAAAUUUAAUUUGCGUUUCUCCCUUUUCAAGGUAUACACUUUCAUAGACUAAUAAUCGCUUUUUCAUAUCUUCUAGGUAUCAAGGCAUUCGAAUGGGGCUACCAUGCAGAGUCUGGACCCAGUUAUUGGUCAGCUCACUACCCUGUCUGCGGAGGAUCAUCGCAGUCUCCCGUCAAUAUCCUGACCUCUGAAGUGAAGAGUGACGCGCCUUUUCCUCCAUUUACCUUCAGUAAUUACGACGCUGUGCCCACGGGAAUGACACUCAUCAAUAAUGGACAUACAGCCCAAUUGUCGGCCACAAUGACGUCACCAGCGACCAUCAAAGCUGGCGGCCUCAUGGACGAGUACACCUUCCUCCAGUUCCACUUCCACUGGGGAAGUGACGACACCGUAGGAUCAGAGCACACUGUUAACGGACACGAGUACCCAGCUGAGCUCCACCUGGUGCACUACAACAGCAAGUAUGGCAGCGCAGCGGAGGCUUUGCAACACAGCGACGGUCUGGCUGUGUUGGGCAUCUUCUUGGAAAUCGGAGACAACAAUGCCAAGCUCCAGCACAUCAUAGACGGCCUUGCUAACAUCAAGAAUGCUGAUGCCCAGGCGAGCAUCACGCCCUUCGCCUUACAGGACCUUCUCCCAAGCAACGUCAAAGACUUCUACCGCUACUCAGGAAGUCUCACAACUCCCACCUGUAACGAGAUCGUGGCCUGGACCGUCUUCAAGGAAGCCAUUAAGAUUUCCUCUGCUCAGAUGGGUGUUUUCCGCCAACUGAUGGACUCGCAUGGAGCGCCAAUGGUCGACAACUACCGACCUGUGCAAUCACUUAAUGACCGUUGGGUGUUUGACGGAGUGUUAAAGGAAUUCCACUGGGGUUACGAAGGGUCAUCCGGACCUAAAUACUGGCCAGACUACUACAAGCCCUGUGGAGGAACAUCGCAGUCUCCCGUCAACAUCGUCACCGCAGAGGUCAAGAGCGACACGCCUUUUGCUCCCUUCACAUUCAGCCGCUACGAUGCCGUCCCCACCGGAAUGACUCUCAUCAACAACGGACACACUGCUCAGUUAAUGGCCGAGAUGUCGCCAGCAGCAGCCAUCAAAAAUGGCGGACUUCUUGACGAGUACACCUUCCUCCAGUUCCAUUUCCACUGGGGAAGCGACGACACCAAAGGAUCCGAACACACUGUUGACAGUAAAGAGUACCCGGCUGAGCUCCACUUGGUGCACUACAACAAGAAGUACGGAAACGUCGUUGAGGCCCUGAAACACAGCGAUGGUCUGGCGGUCUUGGGCAUCUUCUUGGAAAUCGGAGCCGCUAACGCCAAACUGCAACACAUCAUUGAUGGCCUAGCAAACAUCAAAGCUGCUGAUGCCCAGGCAAGCAUCACGCCCUUCGCCUUACAGGACCUUCUCCCAAGCAACGUCAAAGACUUCUACCGCUACUCAGGAAGUCUCACAACUCCCACCUGUAACGAGAUCGUGACCUGGACCGUCUUCAAGGAAGCCAUUAAGAUUUCCUCUGCUCAGAUGGCUGCUUUCCGGAUGCUGGUGGACUCGCACGGAGCAGCAAUGGUUAACAACUACAGGCCUGUGCAACCACUCAAUGCUCGUUGGGUUUAUGACGGAGAAAGGAAAGCCUUCGAGUGGGGCUAUAAAGGGGAGAGUGCACCAGUUCAUUGGCCAGACUAUUACAAGCCAUGCGCAGGGUUAUCGCAGUCACCUAUUGACAUCGUCACCAACAAGGCAAUGGCUGAAAAAGCAUGGACUCCAUUUACGUUUGACUACUACAACAGUGUGCCCUCAGCAAUGAACUUAAUCAACAAUGGACAUACGGCUCAAGUCACAGCGUCGAUGCACCAUUCAGCAACCAUCAAAGAUGGCGGUCUCCAUAACGAGUACGCCUUCCUCCAACUCCAUUUCCAUUGGGGAGGUGUCGACACCCAGGGAUCAGAACACACAAUUGAUGGGAAAAAAUAUCCCGCUGAGCUCCAUCUGGUCCACUACAACACCAAGUAUGGAAAUGUCCUGGAAGCCUUGAAAUACGACGACGGUCUGGCAGUGUUGGGGAUUCUCAUGGAAAUCGGAUCUUCAAAUAACAAGCUCCAGCACAUCAUUGAUGGCCUCGCUAAGGUCAAGCACGCUGAUGAACAGACAAGCAUCACGCCAUUCGCCUUGAAGGACCUUCUGCCCAGCAAUGUCAACGACUUCUACCGCUACUCAGGAAGUCUCACCACUCCAACCUGUAAUGAGAUCGUCACCUGGACCGUAUUCAAAGAAGCCAUCAAAGUUUCCUCUCAGCAGAUGACUGCCUUCCGGGAGCUAUUGGAUCAUCAUGAUCUGAAUAUUGUCGACAACUACCGGCCAGUGCAGUCCCUCAAUGAUCGUAUGGUUCAAAAGGGACACGUAGAAUUCCACUGGUGCUACGAAGGGGACUGCGGACCUAAGAAGUGGGCACAUCAUUAUCCAGUGUGCGGAGGAUCGUCACAAUCCCCCGUCAAUAUUGACACUCAUUUAGUGGCCAGUGGCACAUCCCAUCCAUUCACCUUCAGUCACUACGACAGCCUGCCUACUAAAAUGACCCUCAUCAACAACGGACACUCAGCACAAGUGACAGCCGAGAUGGCAACACCAGCAACCAUAAAAGAUGGCGGCCUCUCUGACGAGUACACUUUCCUCCAGUUCCAUCUCCACUGGGGAGGCGAAGACAGCCGGGGAUCCGAACACACUAUUGAUGGCCAAAUGUACCCAGCUGAGCUCCACCUGGUCCACUACAACAGCAAGUAUGGCAGCGCAGCCGAAGCCUUGACUCACAGCGACGGUUUGGCUGUGUUGGGUAUCUUCCUGGAAAUGGGAUCAGAGAACACCAGGCUCACCCCUAUUAUUGAUGGACUCGCUAAUAUUAAAGAUAAAGAUGCCCAGACGAACAUCACACCGUUCAAGCUUCAGGACCUUCUUCCAAUCAACCUUGAUGCCUUUUACCGUUACUCUGGAAGUCUAACGACUCCGACUUGUAACGAGAUCGUUACGUGGACCGUCUUCAAACACGCGAUUAAGAUAUCUAUUGCUCAGCUGAGGGCCUUCCGGAAGCUGCUAGACUCACAUGGCAAUCCCAUCGUUGAUAACUACCGUCCUGUGCAGCCAAUUCACGGACGUUCGAUCUCUGAUGGAGUGGUAGAUGGAGCAUUCCACUGGGGUUAUGAAGGAACAUCUGGACCAUCAUAUUGGAAAGACCAUUACCCACUCUGUGGAAGCAGUUCUCAAUCUCCAAUUGAUAUAGUUACUGGAUCUGCCGUUGGAACCUUCAUCUGGACUCCUUUCACCUUCAUCAAUUACCAAGUCGUUCCUACUAGCAUGACUAUUUUAAAUAAUGGUCACACAGCCCAAGUGUCUGCUGUAAUGGCCUCUCCUGCCAGGAUUAUGGGAGCUGAUUUGCCAGGAGAAUACACUUUCCUACAGUACCACUUCCACUGGGGAAGUGAUAAUACCAAAGGCUCUGAACAUCUUGUCAAUGGAAACAGUUAUCCCUGUGAACUCCAUUUGGUGCACUACAAGACUGAAUACGGAAGUGCAGCCGAAGCCAUAAAGCACAGCGAUGGCCUCGCAGUGUUGGGAGUCUUCAUGCAAAUCGCACCUACAGACAAUCCUAACCUGACUCCAGUACUUGAUGGACUUAGCUCGAUCCAAACAGCUGGCACGGAACACAGCAUCACUCCCACUGCUCUAGCAAACCUGCUGCCAUUCUCCACCGAAGGAUUCUACCGCUACAAGGGAUCUCUCACGACCCCUACCUGCAACGAGAUCGUCACCUGGACCGUUUUCAAGCAGCCAAUCACUGUCUCCGCCGCUCAGAUGGUCAAAUUCCGGCAACUUUACGAUGAUAAAGGACACCAUAUUCUUGACAAUUACCGCCCUGUGCAGCCUCUCAAUGGUAGAACGGUUUACGCGGGUCUUACAUUACCUCACUGGUCUUACACCGACAAGAACGGACCCGAGGAAUGGGCAAGUGCCUUCCCGCUGUGCGGGGGCACGAGUCAGUCGCCCAUUGACAUCAUCACUUCUGGGGCUACAGCUGCUAACAGCAGUUGGUCUCCCUUCGCCUUCUCCAACUACAAUGUCGUCCCUGGCAACAUGACGAUCCUCAACAAUGGACACACUGCGCAAGUGACAGCAGAUAUGACCUCUGCAGCUACAGUUCAGGAAGGAGGCCUGGCUGGCAAUUACACAUUCGCCCAGUUCCAUUUCCACUGGGGAAGCAACGACACUGUUGGGUCAGAACAUCUCGUUGAUGGUAAAAGUUAUCCACUCGAGCUCCAUCUGGUGCACUUCAAAACCUCGUACGGAAGCUUAGCAGAGGCGCUUAAGCAUGCUGAUGGUUUGGCUGUUUUGGGAAUUUUCUUCAAAAUCGACGGGAGUGACAACCCGAAGCUCAGCAGCGUCAUCUCAGGGCUGGAGAAGGUUCACACUUCAGGUUCUUCCGACCACAUAGCAGCAUUCGCUUUGGGUGAUCUUCUUCCGGCCAACGUUGGCAAGUUCUACAGGUACUCUGGCUCUCUGACCACUCCUACCUGUAAUGAAAUCGUUACCUGGACUGUAUUCGAAGAAGCUGUUACAAUCUCAUCAGCUCAGUUGGCAAAAUUCCGUGAGUUGAAAGACAGCGAAGGUCAUGAGAUUGUCAACAACUUCCGUCCUGUACAAGACCUGAAUGGUAGAGAGGUUUCUAGAGCGAACCUGGCCUAAGCAAAGACGAAAGAUGAAGAACCUCAGCAGAUGGAUUUGGACUGGAUUCUCUUCUUAACCACCGAACUCAAGGAUAUAUAUCUACCUAAAUCAAGGACAUCCUUUAUUGUUAAUUUGACUUUGGCAUGACUUUCCCUAUUAUUUCCGAUUCUUCAUCUAACCUUUUUUAUGCGGAGCAUUGUUAUAAAUGGGGAGUCUUGGGAGAUCUUCAGGUCCUUAUAUCUCGCAUUUAGUCUUCCUAAAGAGAAGGUAACAGUUCCUUGCUUUUGUGUAUGUAUUUUUUUUUUCUGUAAGCGGAUCAUCUCUCUGAUACAUUUCGCUUGAAUGUCUUCAUUAUUUUUAUGAAUAUCAGUCCCAAAGGCAUCACUAACAAAGAGGUGUUCCUUGUACAGUUUUGUUGUUGUUCUUAAUUAAGUCUUUAACACGUAAGAUUGUUAUUUAUAGUUGAUAAUGCUUGUUUGUUUAACUCGAGAAUGAGUUUUAAGUUUGAUUGCUGUGACUACAUGCAUAUUACUACUAAAUGGUUUAUUUUAUAUUCAACGCACUCCAGGGAAUAAAGAUUUCACUGAGAAAUCGUUGUACCUGUAUUUCAAUUUACAUUAAAACUGGCACUGCA